AUGCAGGCCCAUCUGGUCAAAGGAUUCACUCCCAAAAAUUUACAUCAGCGUCCCACAGUGGCCCUGCUGUGCGGCCCUCAUGUUCAGGGGGCUCAGGGCAUCAGCUGUGGUCGUCACCUGGCCAAUCAUGAAGUGGAGGUCAUUCUGUUUAUGCCCAAUUUUGUCAAAAUGCUUGACUCCGUCACCAGCGAGCUCACCCUCUUUAACAAAACGGGGGGCAAACAGGUGUCAAGCAUCAAAGACCUUCCAGACACUCCAGUGGACCUAAUCAUUAACUGCCUGGACUGUCAUGAGAACACAUUCCUAAUGGAUCAGCCUUGGUACAGAGCAGCUGCAGACUGGGCUAACCAGAAUAGAGCGCCAGUGCUCAGCUUAGACCCCCCUGUUAGUGGACAGGGUCAGGCUGUUGAGGCCAAGUGGUCCCUCUGUCUUUGCCUCCCGCUUCCCCUGGGUGAGGGCGCCGGCCGGGUUUACCUGUGUGACAUAGGUAUUCCUCGCCAGGUGCUCCAGGAAGUUGGAAUCCAGUACCACUCUCCUUUUGGGUGCAAAUUUGUCAUCCCCCUGCACUCUGCGUAACAAGAUUAAUGGUCAACAAGACAGCUUGAAUCUUUCACCAUCCUUGACCAUUUGGGCUUGGUCGCCUUAUAUUAGAGAGUUUCAGCUGUAUUUCUGUUCAUCACUCAAGUUUCUAACUCAACGUGUGGAAGGGACUUUGCCGUCACACUGAAGGACCACGGUUUUGUACCAUUUUGUUCUGUAAGGACUAAAUACAUAAUGGGUGGAGAAAAGACAUUUAAAGCUUUUUGAAUAAACAGAUGUCAUGAAAACGAAUGUAUUUAAAUACUACAAGAUAUUUUGAUGAUGAAAAUCAGUUUAGAAUUUACUAGGACAAUCUGAAAAUGGUAAACUACUGAAUGUCAUUGUAAACUAAUGUCAUUCCAAAGCCAUGUUGUGAAUAAGAUCCUCCAUCCAUUCUUAAUUUCAUCUGGAUGAGACAACAGAAAUGAUCACUUCUAAUGUCUCUGCUUCCGUACUUUGCAGUAUUCAGUAAAUACCAGUUGUUUUAUUAGGAUAGAUUUAUCAUCCAGAACCUUCAUCUGUGUGUUUUCACUAAACCAAUGUUAUAUGGACCAGCUACUGGAGGGAAUCCAGAUAUCAGCAGUGUUGUUUGUCCAUGGUAAAACUAGGCUGUGGUGAUAAGGGCUUUGCUAAUUUAAUUGGUAAAACUUAAGGACCAUACCAGUGUUUCUGAACGUUUAAGGUCCUUAAAUACAAAUUGUGUAUUUAAUUUUUCACUAAUCUAAAUGUUGGCUAUAAGGUUUUUUUCUGUUCAAUAUAGAUACUGGUUUCCAUUCAUUUACAGUAUUUAAUUAUCUUAAACUCAAGUUAUGUUAAUUCUCUACAAUGAGCAUUACGUCUGUUUGUGUCAAUGUUAUAUUAUUGUUGUGUGGAAAUGCAGUUCAAGCACAUUCAUUUGCUUAAGUCCACACUGCAUCACAAUACAGAUGCAGAGUUGAUCAAAAUGUAGAUUACACAACAUAAAUAUGUUUUAAGAGGUUGGGAAAAGAUUCUCACAUUGUACAGAAAUGAAUAGUAGCAAUGAUUGUUUGGAACAGUCGAGGAAACAUCUUAAUUUCUUUAAAAAAAAAAAAGCAGCAUCAUUUGCAGGAGGUUGUGAAUGUAAAUGGUUUGUGAAAAAUGGGGGAGAAAAAAAUACACUGGUAUGGUUCCCUCUGUUAAAGAGUCUUAACCAUUCAGGUUAGAAUGUCAGAAAGUUUUGUAUUAGGACGUUUUCUAAAGUACAAGCCCUGUAUGUGAAUUCAAUGCAUUUUUGGGGGGUUAAGUAAUCAUGAUCUGAAGUCACAGGAAAGGAUCAACAUGCACCAUCCUGCACCAAGUACCACCUCUGUGUCAGGUAGAUCAGGUCUUUGUGAUGAGAAGUCAUUGGCAGACUUGUAUUGACCAGGACUUUUUUUCAUUUGUAUUUUCUACAGGUAUUGACCAUAAAACUAAAGUAUAGUUUAUGAAGUACACAAUUAACAUAAGUGCAGAGCUGCUUGUGUUUUGCUGCUUUUUGAGGCCUUGACAGACGGGUCAGAGUCCUCUGUGAUGCCAGAUCUUUGUUCGGAUGAAAGUCAAACCCUUGUUGCUGGUUCUUUAACGAGACCAGAGCUCUGUAUCACUGAGGUGAGUGGAGUGUAGAAAAGGACACACGGCUACAGAUCGUUCUGUUAGAUUCAUAGUGUUCAGUGUGCCAUCACAUUGGCUCUCUAACAUCUCAGGAGGAUUUUUAAAAAAGGAAGCUUGUGUUGUUUUUGUUGUUUUCUCUGUGCACACUCGUCUCUGCGCUCAUUCAGAGGAAAUAACUGCCAUGCACAAAGUCUGUCCUCUCUCCAACAUUCCUGCAGCCUGAUGUGUUAUGUCACAUCUGUCCAGUCUUGCUUGGGAAACAUCAGCCUGGGUUACUGAAUGUGAAUUUGAAAUGUUUGUCUCUGGCCGCCAGGGGGCCACGCAACCACACGUUGAAGCCGCGGCUCUUCCUUAUUCUGUUGGAUCUGAUGUAAUGGCAGCUUUAAUUCUAUUUCCUCAAUGGAUGGUGUCAUCACCUAACAAAAUGUGAACAGUCAGAAACAGUCGAGCGGACCUGGGGUUUCACAGGAAGACCGUGGUAACGUUUAAAAGCAGGUUAUGUUUCCUGAAGUAAGUUUGGACGUUUGAAAUGAUUUGACCUGCAGGAGAUGUUUGGUCCAAACUCAGUGUUCAGUUCAGCCGCGUUAGAAAAGACGCUGAUACGAUGUUUUAUUUAGUUUCCUUCGUGGAUCGAAGUUCACUGUCAGAGUUGUUGGUGUGUGAACUGUGUCACAUCUGCAGACUGAGUCUAUAAAUAAAAACAUUUACCACUGA